AUGAACUCCCUAGGAUGGAACUGCCGGGGGCUUGGGAACCCCUGGUCAGUUCGUGCAUUGCACGAUCUAGUGCGAUAUUUAGAUCCCAAAAUAGUCUUCCUUUCGGAGACUAAGGUCAGGCAGCGGAGAAUGGAAAGAAUAAAGGAAAGAAUCGGUCUUGCGAAUGGACUUUUUGUUCCGUGUCAAGGGCGCAGCGGUGGCUUGGCUCUUUUAUGGUCGAGGGAGAUAAAUCUGGAAAUUCAAAGCUACGGCAGCUACCACAUCGAUGCAGUUGUCACAGAGGAGAGCUCAAAUUUUAAAUGGAGGCUCACAGGUUUUUACGGUCACCCCCAAACUCACAUGAGGCAAAAAUCUUGGGAUUUACUGGCUUAUUUAAAGAGUCAAUCCCAGCUCCCUUGGUUUUGCUAUGGAGAUUUCAAUGAAAUUCUAUCAAUGGAAGAAAAAUCAGGUGGAGUGGCAAGAUGUCAAAGUCAGAUGGAUAAAUUUCGGGGCGUGGUUAAUCUUUGUGGUUUCAAGGACCUGGGUUACUUGGGGACAGACUUUACUUGGUGCAAUAUGCAGUCUGGUGACAACAGAAUGUAUUUGAGGCUAGACAGGGCUUUUGCAACUAGUGAUUGGAUUGAUAAGUUUGGUGAGGUAAGAGUUAACCACCUGGUGGAUUCCACUUCAGAUCAUUGUGUUAUGUUCGUUGCAGACUCCAGAAUUCCAAAACAGCCUCGCGCAAGGCGUUUUCACUUUGAGGCCAUGUGGACGAAAAAUGAAGCAUGCACAGAUAUUAUUGAGUCGGCCUAG